AAAUCAGUAUUUCACAAAUGCAACAACAACAACCACAAGGAUCUCAACAAAAUCAACAGAUUCAACAACAACAACAACAACAAAAUCCUGUUUUAGGAUUCAAUCAAACAAAUCAACAACAGCAGCAGAAUCAUAUUAGAUAUCCUAAUCAAGCACAACAACAACAACUUUCGCAGCAAUUACCUAUUUCAAAUCAAGGGUCUACAAUAUUGAAUGCUGAUAAUGAAAAACGUAAAUUAAUACAGCAGCAACAACAACAACAAUCACAGCAAUUACCAAUUCAAAAUCCAGGACCUACUUUAUUGAAUGCUGAUAAUGAAAAACGUAAAUUAAUACAACAACAAUUAGUUUUAUUAUUACAUGCACAUAAAUGUCAGAAAAAAGAAGAACAAUUAAGACAAAAUGGUGCCGAACCAAUUCCAUGUAAUCUAUCACAUUGUUCAACUAUGAAACAAGUACUUGCUCAUAUGAAUAAAUGUACUGCUGGUCGACAAUGUUCAGUUGCACAUUGUUCAAGUUCUUAUCAAAUAAUAAAUCAUUGGAAAAAUUGUAAUAGACCUGAUUGUCCUGUUUGUAAUCCAUUAAAACAGGUGAAUAAUCGUAAACCACAGCAACAGACACAAAUAAUGUCGCAAAAUAUAGCAAGCAAUCAGAAUCAGAAUGUGAAUAAUCAACAACAAAAUCAUAGCAAUUUGAAUAUUAUUUCACAAAUGAAUACUACUAAUAAUAAUAAUAAUAAUAGUGGUUCAAUGAAUCAACAACAAGGCCCUCAACAACAACAACAAGCCCAACAAACAUCUUUACCUCAACAACAACAGCAGCAACAACAACAACAGAUGCAACAACAACAAUCAGAUAUGCAAAAAGCAUAUCAAGCACUUGGUCUUCCUUAUAAUAGUAAUUCACAUAUGUUUCAAACAAAUGCCCGAUCAUCAUCAUCAACAGCAACAACAACAGCAACAAAUAUGAAUCAAACAUCACAUUAUUCAUCGAAUACAAAUACAACAAAAGAUUGGCAAAGUAAUGUAAAUUUAGAAUUACGACAACAUUUAGUACAGAAAAUUGUACAUGCUAUAUUUCCAAAUUCUGAUCAAAAUCUAUCUGUACAUGAUAAACGUUUACAUAAUCUAUAUUCAUAUGCAAAAAAAGUUGAAUGUGAUAUGUAUGAUAAAGCAAAUUCACGUGAAGAAUAUUAUCAUUUAUUGGCUGAAAAAAUUUAUAAAAUACAAAAAGAAUUGGAAGAAAAAAGACAAAGAAGAAGAGAACAACAACAACAACCACCACCACCAACAUUACCACCGACGACGACAACAACAGCAACAGCAAAUGUAUCAAAUCAACAACAACAAAUGGUUGGAAAUAUGAUUGUUACAAAUACUCGAUCACCAAUGCCAAAUUCCAAUAAUAAUAAUAAUAUUCAAGGAACAAUGCAAAGUCCAACUAGAUCAAUAUCGAAUAUGAUUGUUUCGACUAAUAAUAAUAAUAAUAAUAAUCAAACGAUGACAACAAAUUUUGUUAAUCAAAAUCAACAACAAUCAGGUGUUGGUGUUGGACAUCAAACAUCAUCGAUGAUUGGUGGUCAACAGCAACAACAACAACAAUUAUCCAAUCAAUUUUUCAUGUCGGCCAAUCAACAGCAGCAACAAGGAUCACCAUUACCACCAUCAUCAUCAUCAUCACAUCAAAUGAUGAAUCAAACAAAUCAAUUUAGACAUACUCAACAACAACAGCAGCAGGGCCACAAUCAAGCAAAUUUUAUAAAUAAUAAUUCGUCUUCGAAUAAUAAUAAUAAUAAUUCCAUUGUUUUAAUUCAUCAACAACAACAACAACCGAAUACUCCUCAACAAAAUUUUUCUCAAAAUCAAAUUCCUUCUCAACAACAACAACGUUCGCAACCAUCACAGCAGCAGCAAUCAAUGUUAUCAACAUCAACGAUAACAACAAAUUCUUCUUCCCAUUUAUCGUCUAAUAUGGCGAAUAUUCAACAGCAACAACAAUCGACGAAUAUUGUUGGUCAACAACAACAACAAUCUAAUCAUAAUCAAUUACAAUUGAAUGAAUGCAAUAUUAAAUCUGAAAUGAUUGAUGAUCAAAUGACAAUGACAACAGCAACAACAAAUUGUAAUUCACAAUUUGUUAGUGGUGGUAAUAAUAAUCAAGAUUUAUCAACAAAUAAUGAUAUGUUAAUGGAUACAAAAUUAUCACAUUCAGAAAUGACAAAUAUGAAAAUGGAAAUUAAAGAAGAACGUAAUAAUAAUCAAAUUGGAAUGGAUGAACAAAAAUCAAUACUAGAUAAUUCAUUUAAUUCACCUGCUGGUUCGAAAAAUAUGGAUAAUUCAUCAACAAUGAUGAUGAUGAAUAAUAAUCAAAGUGGUAGUGGUAAUAAAGGUUCGGGUAAAAAUCAAACACCAAUAUCAUCAUCAAUGAUUAAAUCACCUGGUUCGGUUAUAUCGAAUUCAGAAUCAAAAAGUGAUAUUAGUAAAUCAGAUUUAGAUAAUACAUUAAUGCCAACAUUAGAAAAAUUAUAUAAACAAGUACCGGAAUCAAUGCCAUUUCGACAACCAGUUGAUCCAGAUGCAUUACAAAUACCGGAUUAUUUUAAUAUUAUAAAACAUCCAAUGGAUUUAUCAACUAUAAAACGUAAUCUUGAUACUGGACAAUAUACGGAUCCAUGGCAAUAUGUUGAUGAUGUAUGGCUUAUGUUUGAUAAUGCAUGGCUUUAUAAUCGUAAAACAUCACGUGUUUAUCGUCAUUGUACAAAGCUUGCCGAAGUUUUUGAACAAGAAAUUAAUCCAGUAAUGAGAAGAUUAGGUUAUUGUUGUGGACAGAAAUAUGUAUUUCAGCCACAGAUUUUAUGUUGUUUUGGUAAACAACUAUGUACAAUACCUCGUGAUGCUAAUUAUAUGCAUUAUCAAAAUAGAUAUACAUAUUGUAUGAAAUGUUUUGGUGAAAUACCUGGUGAUAAUGUUACUGUUGGUGAUGUACUUGGUAUUGAACCAAAUUCAUCAAAUACACAAACCAUUCCAAAAAGUCAAUUUGUUGAAAGUAAAAAUGAUCAUUUAGAUUUGGAACCAUUUCUUGAAUGUAAAGAAUGUGGAAGAAAAUUACAUCAAAUAUGUGUUUUACAUUUGGAUCAAAUUUGGCCUGAAGGAUUCACAUGUGAAGGUUGUUUACGACGUGAUAAUCGUAAAAGACGUGAAAAUAAAUUUGGUGCAAAACGUUUACCACAAAGUAAAUUGGGAACAUUUAUUGAAAAUCGUGUCAAUAAUUUUCUAAGGAAAAAAGAAUGUGGUGCUGGUGAAGUUUUUAUUCGUGUUGUAUCUAGUUCGGAUAAAAUUGUUGAUGUUAAACCAGGAAUGAAACAAAGAUAUUGUGGUAAAAAUGAUUUUCCAGAAUCAUUUCCAUAUCGUGCCAAAGCAUUAUUUGCAUUUGAAGUUAUCGAUGGUACUGAUGUUUGUUUUUUCGGUAUGCAUGUUCAAGAAUAUGGUUCCGAAUGUUUACCACCAAAUACAAGACGAGUUUAUUUAGCCUAUUUGGAUUCGGUUUAUUUUUUUCGUCCAAAACAAUAUCGUACUGCUGUAUAUCAUGAAAUUUUACUUGGUUAUUUAGAUUAUGCUAAACAAUUGGGAUAUACUAUGGCUCAUAUUUGGGCAUGUCCACCAUCUGAAGGUGAUGAUUAUAUAUUUCACUGCCAUCCACCUGAACAAAAAAUACCAAAACCUAAAAGAUUACAAGAAUGGUAUAAAAAGAUGUUGGAUAAAGGUAUUAUCGAAAGAAUUGUUCUUGAUUAUAAAGACAUACUAAGGCAAGCAACGGAAGAUAAUCUGAAAAAUGCAUCGGAAUUACCUUAUUUUGAAGGUGAUUUUUGGCCAAAUGUUUUGGAAGAUUCAAUCAAAGAAAUUGAAAUGGAACAUCAAAAACAACAACAAUUAAUGGAUACAAAUAAAUCAGAUCCAUCUGGCAAUGAUAAAACCAUGGAUGAUGAUUCAAUAGUCGAAAUGAUCGAUUCUGUUGAUCAAAAAGAUAAUGAAAUGAGUAAAGAUUCGGAUAAUAAUUCCAAACAACAUAAAAAGAAUAGUGCCAAUAAAAAAUCAAAUAAAAAACAAAAUAAUCGAAAAAAUAAUGUUCUUUCAAGACUAAAAUCAGGACCGUUAGCUAAUCAACAACAAACACAGCUAUCACCAAUACAACAAUUUGAUGCCGAAUUAACAUCAAAAGUAUUUGCUACAAUGGAAAAACAUAAAGAAGUUUUCUUUGUAGUACGAUUACAUUCAAGUCAAUCGGCAGCAAGUUUACCUCCUGUUAAUGAUCUUGAUAAUUUAAUUAACUGUGAUCUUAUGGAUGGCCGUGAUGCUUUCCUAACAUUAGCUCGAGAUAAACAUUAUGAAUUUUCUAGUUUAAGGCGUGCUAAAUUUUCAAGUUUAGCAAUGCUUUAUGAAUUACAUAAUUGUAAUAAUGAACGAUUCAUUUAUUCGUGCAAUAAUUGUAAACGUAGUCUAAUGGAAACAAGAUAUCAUUGUAGCCAUUGUGAUGAUUUUGAUCUCUGUGUUAUGUGUUAUGAAAAAGAUGGCCAUCAACAUCGUAUGGAUAGAACUGAAUUUGGUGAUCUCAUGAGUAGUGUUGAUGGUGAUGUUAGUAAUGCAGCUGGUGCAUUAAAUUCAAAUACCGCAGGUGAUGGUGAUGGAAAUAAUGAUCCAAAUUCCACUGGUUCAAAUAUUGGUACAUCACCAAGUGAAACAAGAAGGCAAUCGAUACAACGUUGUAUUGAAAGUUUAUCACAUGCAUGUCAAUGUCGUGAUGCAAAUUGUCGUCGGCCAACUUGUUUGAAAAUGAAACGUGUUGUACAACAUGCAAAAAGUUGCAAGAAAAAGAAUAUUGCUAAUCAUUGUCAAAUUUGUAAACAAUUAAUUGCAUUAUGUUGUUAUCAUGCUAAACAUUGCCAGGAACAAGGUAACAAAUGUAUGGUACCUUAUUGUCAGAAUUUUAAACAAAAAAUUCAACAACAACAAAUACAACAACGUUAUCAACAAGCACAAAUACUUAAACGUCGUAUUGCUUCAAUGUCGAUGGCUAUUCAUCAAUCGGCACAAAAUUCAUCACAAUCAUCUAGUAAUAAUGCAACACCUUCUUGUCCACCACAACCGUGUCAUAUGAAACCGGCAACAGCUACACCACCACCGGCUGGUGCUUUACAAGCUGCUGCUGCUGUUCAAGCUGUAGCAAGACAACAACAAAAUACAACACAAAAUAUGCAACCAAUAAUUGGAAAAGGUGGAAAACCAAUGCUUCCUUAUAUGUCUUCAUCAUCAUCAUCGCAAAUAUCAAAACAACAACAGCCAUUAACAUCAAAUCAAUCGAUUCAACAAAUGCAACCGAAAAUGGUGGGACCACAAUCAGCUGAUAAUAAUAUGCAACAAGUUCAACAAAGUUCUCAACAACAAACACCACAACAAUGGUUUAGUUCUCAACGAUUUAAUCGUCCACAAAUGAAUACAAUGCAAUCACAACCGACACAAUUUACACAAUCACAGAUGAUGAAUAUGCAACAACAACAACAACAGCAAAAUAUUGGAAGUAAUUUACCAUCGUUACUGAUGUCAUCUAAUCAAAAUAUUCAACAACAGCAACAACAACAUCCACAACAGAUGGGAUUAAAUCAUCAACAACAGCAACAGAUGACCAAUCCAAAUAUGUCGCAACAAAUGAGCAAUCAACCUAAUCAAAAUAAUUAUGCACAAUUAAUAAAAACAUUUAAAAAUUCAACGACAAGUACGAAUCCUGAUGUAAUGUCAUUCAUUAAAAAUGAUCCGAAAAUGAUGGCAGCUUUAAUACGAACACAACAACAUCCAUCUCAACAACAACAACAACAGCAACAGAUGUCUAUGCAACAAAAUAUGAUUAAUCAACAAGGUUCGAAUAUGAAUACACAACAACAAUUAUCUCAAAACCAGAAUUGGUAUGGUGGUCCUCAACCUGGACAAUCACAACAACGAAUGAUGAAUCCUGGACAACAACAACAACGACAAAUGAAUCCACAAACUAGUCCACGUGCUUCAAUGAUGAUGAAUGCAGUACAACAGAAUCAACAGGCACCUUCGCAACAACAACAACAAAUUUAUCCGAAUCAGCAACAACAAAUUCGUUUUACUUCGACAAAUUGGAGUGGCAAUUCUCAACAACAACAACAACAGCGAUUACCAAUGUUACGUGGAAAUCCUGGUCAAAUGAAUCAGAUGAACACUGUACGUUUUAUUAAUACACAGAAUAAUUCCGGACUGAUGAUGAAUAGCCAAAAUGAUCCUACUACACAAGAAAUGUUUUAUCAACAAUCUGAUUAUGUACAAAUGUCACAGAUGAAUCAACAACCAGAAUUAACACCACAAGAAUCAAAUCAUGGCUGAUUUUAUUCGAAACAAAACGAUCCUCAUCAUUAUCAUCAUUAAUUUUUUUUCAAGAUUUCAUCAUCAUCAUCAUCAUUUUAUCAUCUUCUGUACAGAUAUAACCAACAUUCAUUCAUUCAUUUUUUUUCUCAUUUUAAAAAGAAAAUAUUCCUCGUUUUUUCAUUCAUUCAUUCAUUCUUCCGACCGAUGGACUGUCUACAUCC